UUUGCCUAUAAAUAGAGCCCAAAACUUUACUAGUACAUGCCAAAGUUGUAUACACUAAGAGUCAUAUUUACCAACUACAAGUAAGAUUUCAAGUUUAGAGAAAGAGUGGGAGAAAAAGGCAGAAAAAAUGGAAAACAACUUCCCAAUUGUCAAUAUGGAGAAGCUUAAUGGUGAUGAGAAGAAUGUUACUAUGGAGAAAAUCAAGGAUGCUUGUGAAAACUGGGGAUUUUUUGAGGUGGUGAACCAUCCUAUAUCAACUGAAUUGUUGGACACUGUGGAAAGGGUGACAAAAGAACACUACAAGAAAUGCAUGGAGCAAAAGUUUAAGGAGAUGGUGGCACAAAAAGGCCUUGAAAAUGCUCAGUCUGAGAUUGAUGAUAUUGAUUGGGAAAGCACUUUCUUCCUUCGCCAUCGUCCCACCUCUAACAUCGCCGAGAUCCCUGAUCUCAGCGAUGAAUACAGGAAGGUGAUGAAGGAAUUUGCAGGAGAAAUAGAGAAGCUAGCAGAGCAACUUUUGGACUUGCUCUGUGAGAACCUUGGGCUAGAAAAAGGGUACUUAAAGAAGGCAUUUUAUGGAGCCAAUGGACCCACUUUUGGUACAAAGGUUAGCAAUUAUCCACCAUGUCCUAAGCCAAACCUGAUCAAAGGGCUCAGGGCCCACACUGAUGCUGGUGGGAUCAUCCUCCUCUUUCAAGAUGACAAAGUCAGUGGGUUGCAGCUUCUUAAAGAUGGCCAAUGGGUUGAUGUCCCACCUAUGAAGCACUCCAUUGUCAUCAACUUGGGUGACCAACUUGAGGUUAUAACUAAUGGAAAGUACAAGAGUGUGAUGCACCGGGUGAUAGCACAGACAGAUGGGAACAGGAUGUCAAUAGCUUCAUUCUACAACCCGGGCAGCGACGCCGUGAUCUACCCGGCGCCUGAACUGCUAGAAAAACAGGAGGAGAAGAGUUCGGCCUACCCGAAGUUCGUGUUCGAGGACUACAUGAAACUCUAUGCAGGGCUUAAGUUCCAGGAGAAGGAACCAAGAUUUGAGGCUAUGAAGGCAGUAGAAAGCACUGUCAAAUUGGGUCCUAUAGCAACUGCUUAAUUAAUAAUCCUACCUUUCCUAAUCAAAUGAUGUGUUUACCUAUUAAUAUAUAGAUAUAUAAAAUCUAAAAGGGUCAAGUUAACUUGUUUUAGAGUUUGUUGUUAUGAUUAGGAGUUUGGAAUUUUUCAUCGUUUAUUAUGUUUAUGUUUGAUAUUAUGAGAUUCCCAUUUAUCAAUGUGUGUUUUAUGUUUGUUGUAAAAAGUGACCAAAAAAAAGUUAAGUUUAAAGUACUGUAUUUAAUAAAUUAGUCUUUUAAUUA